UCCCUAACGCCCAUGGAGGCUCCGCCUCCGCCUCCUCCCCCGCGUUCCCCACUACGACCCCCACCCACAGCAAGUACCACAACGAUAGAGACUGUACUUCAGAGCACGGCAACAACACCAGAGCCAACGCUUUCCAAGCGACAGCAUGCUCUCCACGAGCUCCUUUCGAGCGAACGAGCCUAUGCUUCAGACCUUACUCUUAUCCUUGAGGUCCACAUACCUCUUGCCCAGGGCCCCAUGACGCCAGACGACAUCAAAAUAAUAUUUGGGAACAUUGGGGAACUCGCCGAGCUGUCAGAUGCUUUCUGUGAGGCUCUAGAACGAACGAUGGGGAGUGCAUUAGAAAAGGCCGAUGCCACCGACGACCGGAUAGGCGAGCUUUUCCUCCGUUAUGCUCCAGAGGUCGAAGGACCCUACAAGCAGUACAUCACGCGACAUCCCUCCGCGCUUGCCCAUCUCACUGCCCUCCCAACCACGCCCGAACUCACCGCCUACCAUGCCAAGACGCGUGACCUCGCAUCGUCACUCUCCCAUGCCUGGGACUUGGCGUCCCUGUUAAUCAAACCGGUGCAAAGGCUGCUCAAGUACUCGUUACUUCUUGGGGCCAUAAUCGACGCCACACAGCCCACCCACCCAGACCGACCACAUCUCGUUAAUGCACGGACUAAAAUCGAGGAAGUAGCCCAUGCCGUUAACGAAGGCCGGCGAAGAGCAGAGGUAGUUAAAGAGGUUUUGAACGCGCCGAAAAAGCCGCCCACUGUCCUCCGUAUUAAAUCCUUCCGGGCCCCAGCAGACGUCAACUCAGAGGCCGCUCGUGUUGACCGAAUGGCUAGUGAGCUGGCCAGAAUUGACGUGUUUGCUCAGCAAUUGUCACGAGGUGCCCAGGAAUGGGCCAGAGCGGCAGACGCGUCAACUCAUGCUUUACUCACUUGGGCUCGAGCGUUUGCUGCCGCAAUCGGGCUUUCUUCUACCGUCCGCUCCGAAGCAUUCGAUGCGUUUCUUACCACACUUGUGGAAGGCCUCGUCCCAGUCGCAGCCGGUCUCCUUCCCAAGAUUGCAUCCGACCUUCUCGCUCCGUUAGCUCGUCUGCUUGCUACUACUACCCAACCGCGACAGCUUCUUGCCAGCAUGAACGAAAAUGCCCCCCUUCAUCACCAUCUGUUGACCAUGACAGUUUCCGCCAAAAACCGGCCACCACCGGCAUUGAUGGAAGCCUCUGCGCGUUAUCUUGCGCUGAGAACCCAACUCGCAGCUGAGUUUCCAGAAUACCUAACUUUGCUCCAUCGCGGGCUCGCUGCGUUGGUUAGGCGCCUCGCUGCUGUUCAAGCUGCCUUCUUUUUCGACUCUCGGGAAGUUUGGGCUGGGCUGUGGGACAUGUUACGAGUCGAGGGCGAGCGGAAUGGGGGUGGCGAAGAAACCGUCGCUGUUUGGACAUCACGAUGGGGAGACGUUGAUCAGGGUAUCCAAACUCUCAAAAUUUGCCAACCUCUUACGAGCGGACGACUCUCCAUCCCACAAACCGUGGUUGUGGCUCCUCCGCCGCCUCCACCACCUCCUGGAGCCUUAUCGCCCGCUGCGGCUUAUGCACGUGCCCACGCUUAUGCCGAGCCGAUCAAUACUGACUUUGGGACAACCACCGUUGGGAGUAUCGGCAGUAAUACUCUAUUCGAAAGCCCAACAUAUGUGAAUGGCCACCAGCCGCCCUCGCCACAUUACGAACGGAAGUCUUCUGGUUCGGCAAGCUUCCACAGCGGGAGCAGCACGAAAGCGCCGUCCCAUGUGUCGAAUGCUCUUGCGUCUUUGGAGCCUGCUAAUCGGCGGAGUGCCCCAGCAUCGUCAUCCUCUGCUGCGGGCGCGUUCAUGCAAGCGUCGCAUAAUGUCUUCUCGCCACAAAUGGUCAGUGGGCCAUAUCCGCUGUCGCCGAGCCAUGGGCGGCCUAGAGGUGGUAGCGAUGCAACUAAUAAUGGCUGGACGGGGUUCCCUGGGUGGAAUGCCCCGACGACAAGAGGGAAAAGUCCGGGGCGGGUUGUGGGGAAUGGCGCGAUCAAAGCCAAUGCGAAGGUCAAGCGGAGCAACAGUCCGACGCCGACAUCAGCUACGGCGAAGACCGCACGAGAAGGCGGUGCUGAGUUGGGGGAGUUUGUGUCUGAUUUGGGGUGGGAUUAUGGCGGGAUGAUUCUGCCGCCGAAGAAGAUGAAAGAUGUGGAAAGGGAGGAAGAAAAGGCGAGAGAAAAGGCGAAGGAGAAAGAAAAGAGAAAGGAAAAGAAAGAGGAGGAGGAACGGGAGAAGGCGAGGAAAAAGGAGGAGAAGUCAAAGCAGAAGAAAUCAAAUGACGUGAGCUCGCGUUUGGCUUUGUUGGAGGGAGGAGGAUAUGGGACCCGCGAUGAAUCGCGGAAAAAGCCAGAGAAAGACAAGGGCAUGAUCAGGCGAGCGAGCGACCUUACCCAUGGCAAUUCGAGUUCAGGGAAAAGUCGCACGUCGUCUGCAACACGCCCAUCGUCAAGGAAUAGGCCGCCUUCAGUCGACUCAUUCAUACCAUAUUCGGCUCCACGACCUGCCCCAUUACCGCCCGGAACUGCUAGAGGUCGGUCCAGGGCGCCUUCCCCUGAUCAGCAUCUCGACGAUGAUGACUUCAGAGCGCGUCACUCAACGUGGCUCGCAGCCCCAGUCCAAUACUCUUGUCGGGUGGUCCACCCAUGUACCCCGCCAUCAGCCGUCUCGUAUUUCGGCUUUCCAUUCUUUGCCUUGGAGGAACAUGCGAUCCUGGGAGUGCUGCACGAAGCUGGCCAUCCUAGCACACAUCCGAGAUUACCGCUCUAUGUCGACGACGGGGCAGACUGUCUGCUGCUCUGCCGCGACUCUGCGAACGAAAUCGGCUGGGCAUUGGCCAGCUUUCUUGCGCCGCUCGCUGCCGACUGA